AUGGGUGACAUAUUAAAGGAUAGUCGUUUUGUUAAAUAUUUAAACGAUCCGAAGUAUCGUCAGAUACCAAAACAUGAACGGAAGGUUAAAAUUGAUAAAAGAUUUCAGUCCAUGUUUAAUGAUGAUAAGUUUAAGGUCAAAUAUACUGUUGACAAACGAGGUAGACCGAUAAAUGAAACAUCAACAGAGAAUUUAAGAAAGUAUUAUGAUUUAGAAGAGUCAGAAAGUGGCUCUGAAAGAGAUUCAUCUUCUGAGAAAGAUGAUGUGAAACAACCAGGACAUUUCGUUAAAAGACCGGUUUCUGACGACGUUAAGAGUGAAAAAGUGGCUCAAGAUUUUAAAAACGAUAAAUUAGUAUGUGGCAGUCUAGACAAUAAAACUAAGAAGCGUCUCCUAGAUUUGGAUAUAGAUUAUGCACGUGGAGAGGGUCUACUUUUAACCGAUAGUUCAAGUGAUGAAGACAGUAGUGGAUCAGAGGAAGAUGAUGAGGUAGAGCACGAGUGGGGAGAAUUGGAUGCUGAUGCUGAUUCUACAGAUGAAGCUACUAAAAGAAUUGCAAUAUGUAACAUGGAUUGGGAUAAUAUUAAAGCAUCAGACCUCAUGGUACUCCUGAGUUCUUUUCUUCCUGCUGGUGGAUUCAUACACAGUAUAACAAUCUAUCCAUCUGAAUAUGGUCUAAAACGUAUGCAGGAGGAAGAAGUUCGAGGUCCCAUUGAGUUGACUGAUGAUAAAAAUAAAGAUGUCAAUCUUUCUGAUGAUGGAGGAAAUGAAGAAGGAUCGUCAUAUCACAUGGAAAAGCUUCGACGCUAUCAAUUGAAUAGGCUUAAAUAUUUUUACGCAGUAGUAGAAUGUGAUUCUGCAGCUACUGCCGAUAAACUUUACACUGAAUGCGAUGGGAUUGAAUACGAAAGCAGUGCAACCAAGCUGGACAUGAGAUUUGUGCCAGAUGACGUCACCUUUGAUCAAGAACCGCGAGAAGAGUGUACUAAACUGCCGGAUCUAUCUAAAUACAGGCCGCGGCUGUUCACCACAACUGCACUGCAACAAGCUAAAGUAGAACUCACAUGGGACACCACUAAUCCUAACCGCGCGGAGACGAUAAAGGGCGCAUUGGAUGGCAAAAUUGAUGACCUAGACUUAAAAGAAUAUCUGGCAUCCAGUAGUGAAGAUGAUAAUCCUGAGGAGGAUAAUGUAGAAUCAAAGGAAGAAAGUGGGACAGAUGACCCCAUACAGAAAUAUAAGAUGCUAUUGGAAGACAUUGAAAGUAAGGAACAGAAGAAACAAAAUAAAGACAUGGAAAUGGAGAUCACUUGGGGGCUUGGAGUAAAGGACAAAGCUGAAAAACUUGUCAAGGCAAAAUUGACAGAAGAUAACAAAAUUUUAACACCUUUUGAAAAGUUACUACAAAAGAGGAAAGAAAAGAAAAAACUACGCAAAAUGAAACAAGAAUCAAAACAAGAAAGCAGUGGCGAAUCAGAAGAUGCAUUUUCUGAUGAUAUUCCAUCUGAUAUUGACAUGAAUGAUCCUUACUUUGCUGAAGAAUUUAAUAAACCAGAAUUUAAAAAUAGGACUAAGAAAAUAAAAAAACUAAAGAAAGAAAAUGAUAACUCUCCUGAUGAACAAAGUAAGGCAGAGUUAGAGCUAUUGCUUGAUGAGGAGGAUGGUAAGAAACACUUUAGUUUGAAGAAAAUUCAAGAUGCAGAAACUACUUCUAAAAAAUCCAAGCGCAAGAAAUUGAAAGAGAAAUUAAAGGAACAAAAGGAAACUAUACCAGACUUUGAAAUAGAUGUAAAUGAUCAAAGAUUUGCUGCUCUUUAUGAAUCACAUCAUUUUAACAUUGAUCCUACUGACCCCAACUUUAAGAAAACUAAAAAUAUGGAAAAACUCAUACAAGAAAAAUUAAAAAGGAGACCAACUGACGACAUACCUGUCGCCACAGAAUCAAAAAAGUCAAGAGAAGAUAUUGAAAUUAAUUUGCUAGUUAAAAAUGUUAAAAGGAAAACUAAAAGUGCUUUAAAAAAUAAAUGA